AUGAAUUAUAAACAGGCUGCUACACAAACAAACGCUCGUGAGAGACGUCCACCAACAACUCUACUUCAAUUCCCAACAGCUACACAACUACAACAACAACAACAGCAACAAUCGCCACUGUCACAAUCACAAUCACUACCACAAUCACAAUCACAGUCACAAUCACAACAACAGAAUCAAUACCAGUUGCUUGAGGAAGACGACGAGAUUGAUCAUCGCAAGAAGAUGACAACGCUCGAUGGAUACUUCCUCCGCUACCCCUUUGGCUUGUGGUGGUACAUCGCACUGGUCAUCCUCUUCCUCACGGUCUCCAUUCUGCUCAUGAUUUACUUCCUGCCCAACUUCCUCGUGCGCGCCAUCUCCAAUCACUUUGACGGCGAGGUGUUCUUCUACGCCGACAACAGGAUGGACGUCACCAGACACAAACUGGUGGCGCUCACCAUCGACGACGCACCCUCAGAGAACACCAUGGACAUCUUGGACAUACUGGCCGAGUAUGACGUCAAGGCGACCUUCUUCCUCAUCGGCAAGAACAUCGUGCGCAACACAAACAGUCAACGAGUCCUCGAUCGCAUGCUGGAGCAGGGCCACGAGAUUGGCAACCACAUGUGGCAGGACGAGCCAUCGAUCAGCUUGGAGCCGGAAGAGUUUGAACGUCAGCUGCUCGAGGUCGAUCAGAUGAUCAACAACACCUACACCAAGUACUACGAACGAUCACGUGUCUCCACACUGGAGAAGCGUUACUCAUACUAUACAAUGUGCGCCAAUGUUGGUGAUGGAGGAGAAGACUUGUCAUCUCUGCCAGCGUCACCCAGUCACAGUCAAAGAACAAUCAAGUCUGUCGAAGUACAACGUCUACAAGGUGAUGCUAAGCUUGUUGUUGAGCGACAGAAUGCCGACCCAACAUCCAGUAUGGACGCACCAAUUGGCAGCAGUAGUAUAGGAAGUGAACAACAUAUAGAUCCAAUCAUUGAUGAUGGUAGUAGUAGUAGUAUUAAGAGCAGUAGUAAUAGUAAUAAUAAUAGUAAUAACAAUGUUAAGAGUAUACUACAAGACUCAUCAACUCAAGCAGUGGACAGCAACAGUCUGGCGAUGAGUGACAGUACUGCUAAAGAUGGUGUUGCGAGCAGCCAGAGCCAGAGUGAUGGCGAGGACGAGAGCAUGAGCAAGAGCGAGAGCGAAGAGUAUGAUAACAACAAUAUAGAGAACCUAAGUUUGAAUUUGGACGAUCAGCAGUUCUACGCCAACACUUAUUGCAAUGCUAGACGACGCAAGCUGUUCAGACCAGGCUCAGGAUUCUUCAAUCGUAAUAUGUUGGACAGCAUCAAGCAACAUGGCUACCAACUGUGUCUGGGCAAUGUCUAUCCACACGACCCCUUCAUCCGCAUACCCGCCGUCAACUCAUGGUACGUCACGAGCACAGUAUCGCCAGGCUCCGUCAUCAUCCUACACGACCGCGACUACACACUGGAUGCAUUGCGUACAAUGCUUCCAUACCUCGUGUCUGAGGGCUACAAGAUCAUCACACUGUCCAGUCUCAUUGACAUUGACACGCGAAUCCAACAAGAACUUACACUGAAGCAGCAGCAAAAGCAUCGACUGAAGCAGCUCUGA